UAACAAAGAGGGUAACAAAAGUGAAAGAGAGUUUGAUCUUGAAACAUGGCGGACGACACCUCGAAUACGAAUGCCGACGACAACGCUUCUCCCAAGCUUGAUGUGAUCGAGUUUGUAGAGAAAAACAGUAACCAAAGUGCUACUGUAGUGUUUGAGAUAGAAGAGGAGCUUGUACAAGAAUGGAGAGCACAGAAAGAUGAGCUACAGAAGUUACCGCCUGAACCAAGCCCACCACCAGCAUUAUCACCACCGGCUCCACCUGCACCACAGACACCAUCUAACAAAAGAACCCCCAAGAGGUCGUUUACCCCAGCCUUCAAGCUACAAGUUAUUAAAAGAGCUGAAGAAAACACAAAUAGAUCAGCUGCGAAAGAGUUCAACAUUGACGACAAGAUGGUGCGAGAAUGGCGAAAACAGAAGGAGCGACUGGAAGCUUUACCACCAGAAAAACUUGAGCGAAAGAUGGGAAACUCUGGACUUCGACCGUUACUUCCUGAGUUAGAAAAGACGCUUGUGGAAUGGAUCAAAACUCAGCCGAAGCGACCAACAAAUGUGCAAAUUCAAGCGAAAGCUCUCGAGCUUAAUGCUAAUGAGGUAGCGGACUUCAAAGCCAGUCGUGGUUGGCUUGACAAAUUCAUGCAUCGGCACAGCCUGCAUGCUCAUCGAUUAAGCUCCAGUGGAGGAAUCCCCACAGCAAGCCCAGUGAUGACAAUGGAUGUGGACUCAGUGAUAUCUCAGAUCAUUCCCGGCGAAGGAGACGCAAUCGAUAUCCAAGCUUGUUUGGACGUGGUAAAUACCGAGGAGACGGCUACUAAGAGAAGGAAAUACGCGCCGGUUUACAAACUAUUGGUUAUCGAACAUGCCGAGAAGACUUCGAACCGAGAGGCUGCCAGAGAAUUCAGUGUAGACGAGAGGAUGGUACGUGGUUGGAGGGGCCAAAAAGAACAUAUCCAGUCCUUGCCUCAAGAUGACUCCCAGCCACUGAUAGAGCCACCACUUGAAGUGCCGACUACUCCAAUGAAUGUUGUGUCUCCAGAUAUCAGUGUUGUCUCCACUCCUGGGCAGUCCACACCGAACAAGAAGAGGAAGUAUGAUGUUGCCUUCAAACUAAAGGCGGUGGAGUAUGCAGAGAAGGUCUCUAACCGGGGUGCGGGGCGUCAUUUCAACGUUGACGAGAAACGAGUGCGAGAAUGGCGUAAACAGAAAGAGCUCCUUGCCACAUUACCACCUGGCAAAGUGCGAGUGGGAAAGUCUGGAUGCCAUCCCUUGCUCCCAGAGUUAGAAAAGACGCUAGUCUCCUGGAUAAACGAGUCACCCGUCAAACCAACACACUCCAAGAUUCAAGCCAAGGCCCUUGAGCUACAUACUGGAGAGAAGCCGUUCAAAGCAAGCCGUGGCUGGCUUGAAAAGUUCCUGAAUCGCCACAAAGUCGAUAGCAAUGACGAGGCAAUUUCCACCACUUCUCCUGAGGCAUCUGUAGUUCCUGAUGCAAUCCAAAUUACGCAAGAAGAUUUUAGUGAGGUCGAUAUCCAAGCCUGUCUCAAUUUAGCCAGGACGAUUCAAGACUCUGUCAAACAAGGUGGAGGGGACGAGAAUGCACUCAUGAUAGCCAAGAGCAUCGAGGAAACUGUCAAGAAAAGCAUUGCCGACUCGUUGGCAAAAAACGCACACCGAAACAUUGACCUGGAUCCAAACCAGAUACAAAGCAUUGCCGAAACCCUGAUGGAAACAGUCGGAGAGACAGUGGCCCGGACUCUGGAGGCAGCACAAGUGGAGAGCAUAGCCCAAACCCUUGCAGAGACGAUGGACGCAAGUCAGGUGCAAAGUAUCGCCGACGGUAUGACGGAGACUGUGGAGGAAAGCAUCGCUGAAGUGCCCACCGAGGAGAUGACCAUCGAAGAAACUGUUGCCUAACUUACUUGUAUUUAACGGAAACAACUAUGAACUUGAAGUACUAUAAUAUAUAUGUUAACUCUGAGCAUUUGUUAGUAAGUAUGUUAUCGUCUACUAGAGAAUUAUUAGUAUGUAUGUCACUA